AUGGCCGAGCAGCUCAGCUCCGAGCAGAUGCAGCAGAUCAUGGGCGCGCAGGGCCAGUCCGGCGAGCAGGAGGAGCAGAAGCGGCAGGCCGAGGAGGAGGCCGAGGCGCAGCGGCAGACGAUGCUGGCUGCGGUGCUGGACGCCAGUGCCAAGGAACGCCUGUCGCGCAUCGCGAUCGUGAAGCCCGACAAGGCCAAGGCUGUGGAGAAUAUGGUCCUCGGAGCCGCCCAGCGCGGCGCCCUGCGGGGGAAGGUGUCGGACGAGCAGAUUGUCGACCUCUUGCAAAAGGUGGGCGGCGGCGACGCGGGCCGGGGCCCGAAGAUCACGUUCAUGCGCAAGGCCGGCGGGCUCGACGACGACGACUGGUAG